AUGGCGCAACAACCUGCCGGCAAUGGCCUGUCGUAUACUAUCGUCCCAUUCAACGAUAUCAGCAAGCUUCCGGCUUGUGCCAAUGCUUGUGGCCCUCUCUGGGAUGCCAACGGCGCUUGUGUGCCUCCAGCCUUACCUACUGCCGAUGCAGGUACAUACGAAUCAUGCUUUUGUGCCGAUUCAAGAGUUGCACCAUUUUCCUCAGGCGGCGGCGCCAAUGUCUGCCCGAAUGCUUGCCCAGGUAACCCGCAGGGCCUCAGUUCCAUUGGCAACUGGUUUACCAGCUUCUGUAAUGGCAAGGCCCCUAAAAACACCCCACAGACAACAGGAACGAAUACAGCUACAGAAACGAAUGCUGCAGGCUCUAGCAAUAUUGGUGGCAGCAACAGUGGAAAUGGCGGAGACUGGCUGUCCAACCACUGGCAAUGGGUGAUCAUGCUUGUCAUUCUCGUCGUUGCCAUUGCCGGUAUUUGGAUAGGCGCAUGCAUCUGGCGCCGGCGAUAUUUGCGAAAGAAGGACCGGCAAACUUCACUCGGCCAGAAGCACUCAGGGUCUGCUUCUCAUCCUUCAUGGGGACCCACCGUUACUGGUACUGAGACUGGGACCCCUACGGCACACAACGCUGGGCGUGACCCUGAGCGAGGGGCUGCCACUGAAAAGGCAGGGAAAACUCAACCUAAGAAGAAGUGGACAGUUACUCAGCGCACUUAG